AUCUGUUGCCUGCAUGGUCUUCUUCAACCUUAGCAUCUCAAACCAUUACACCCGGCGCACGUUAGCCCCCACCAACGACACAUGCCACACACUGACACUGCCAAAUCCCUAAUGCGAACCCCCAACUCAAUUUCACCCUCAGUUUCACGAUUCCACUCAUUUUAUUCUUCAACCAUGCUUGCUGAUUGAAGAAGCAAGCUCUUGCACUUUCCAUCUCAAUCUUACUAUCAGAGAAAGAAAAAUGAUGGGCUCUGAGAACCAGAGCUCGGAGGAGGAGCAUCCUCUCUCUGCAUCCAAAGAAGAAAUGGAAAACCUCGUCCUCCACGACGAUGACGAUCCGUUGAGUAGUAAAUCGUUCUCCAAUUACCGUAGCGCCAUGUCCACGCUCUCCGAAUCCCACCACCCACUCUCGCCGCCGAUCGUCGCCAUCCCCACGGAUUCCGAUCCCCUCCUAUCUCCGCCUCAGCAUUACCGUGAAUUCCCAAACCCUAACUCCCCCGUCAAUUUCUCUUACAUCGACCCUCCCUCCUGCGCCGACACCGUUUUCAGCCCCUUGGACGGCGAAACCGUUACCAACGGCGUCGAUAGCCCGACCUGCAGUUCGGAGGAUCUCUCUCUCUCAAGAUCUUCGUCUUCGAGUUCGGAGUAUAUAAAGAUAACCGUUUCGAACCCGGUUAAGGAGCAAGAUAACUCGAAUUCGAUGGUUCCCGGUAGUAGCAGUUACGUGACCUAUUUAAUCACGACGAGAACGAACAUUCCGGAGUUCGGUGGUUCCGAAUUCGGCGUUCGGAGAAGGUUUAGGGAUGUGGUGACGCUUUCUGAUCGGUUGGCGGAGUCGUAUCGAGGGUUCUUCAUACCGCCGAGGCCGGAUAAGAGCAUAGUGGAGAGCCAGGUGAUGCAGAAGCAGGAGUUUGUGGAGCAGAGGAGGGUGGCAUUGGAGAAGUAUUUAAGGAGAUUGGCGGUUCAUCCGGUGAUCAUGAAGAGUGACGAGUUGAGAGUGUUUUUGCAGGUUCAGGGGAAGCUUCCCCUGCUGGCAACAACCGACAUGACGGCCAGAGUGUUGGAUGGUGCGGCCAAGCUUCCGAAGCAGUUGAUGGGGGAGAGUGUGAUUGCCCCACAUGAUGUUGUGCAGCCCGCUAAAGGGGGAAUGGAUUUGAUGAGGUUGUUUAAGGAGUUGAAGCAGUCUGUGGCUAAUGACUGGGGAGGUUCCAAGCCUCUGGUUGUGGAGGAAGACAAGGAGUUCCUGGAAAAGAAGGAAAUGAUUCAAGUGCUUGAACAGCAAAUCAAUAAUGCAUCUCAACAGGCCGAAUCACUUGUUAAAGCUCAGCAAGAUAUGGGAGAGACAAUGGGUGAAUUAGGGUUGGCAUUUAUUAAAUUGACAAAAUUUGAGAAUGAGGAGGCUGUCUUGAACUCUCAGAGGGUACGAGCUGCUGACAUGAAAGGUGUAGCAACAGCUGCUGUCAAAGCUAGCAGAUUAUUUCGAGAAUUAAAUGCUCAGACUGUGAAGCAUUUGGAUACACUUCAUGAAUAUCUUGGAUUAAUGUUGUCUGUUCAUGGUGCUUUCUCGGAUCGCUCGAGUGCCCUAUUGACAGUGCAGACUCUUCUAUCGGAAAUGUCUUCUUUGCAGUCAAGAGCUGAAAAACUUGAAGCGGCAUCAUCUAAAAUUUUUGGGGGUGACAAAACAAGGAUUCGUAAGUUAGAGGAGCUACAAGAAACCAUAAGAGUCACUCAAGAUGCCAAAAAUGUUGCAAUUAGAGAAUAUGAGCGGAUCAAGGAAAACAAUAGGAGUGAACUUGAAAGGCUUGACAGAGAGAGGCAGUCUGACUUCUUAAACAUGUUGAAAGGAUUCGUAGUUAAUCAGGUGGGGUAUGCUGAGAAAAUAGCAAAUGUCUGGACAAAAGUUGUUGAAGAGACCCGUGGAUACGUGAAUGAAAGCACUUGAUCUAUGGCUGUAAAUUUAAAAUUUUAAUUUUACUUCUUUAUUCAUUGAUGUGCCACUCUCACGGAAUAUGUCUGUAGUGAUGACAAUAAACUAAAAGCAGCAGUUUGCGAGUUCCUAGGCUCUUUUUCACACUUGUACCUCUUUGAACAUUUCUUACACAUCAUUAAAAUCAUACUUG